AUGAGUUACACAGCAUUCCAGCAACAGGUUCUACAACGUCACAAUGAGCUUCGAGCCAAACACUCCGCUGCGCCGUUGGUUUUGGAUCCCGCAAUAUGCCAAUACGCCCAAGAAUGGGCCAACACGCUAGCAAGCAGGAAUGUCAUGCAGCAUCGGACCAACGGAAAGUACGGAGAAAAUCUAUUUGCUCAGUUUGGGAACACAAAUGUCACCGCCUCGCAAGCCGUGGACUCUUGGUACAAUGAAAUUAAAUACUAUCAGUUUGGUGCAUCGCAACCACACAACUUUAGCCAGGUUGGCCACUUUACUGCGCUGGUAUGGAAGAACUCUCGUAGACUUGGCGUAGGAAUUGCCUCUAGAGGGUCGAACGUUUAUGUCGUAUGUAAUUACGACCCAGCGGGUAAUUUUAUGGGGCAAUACCAUCUGAACGUUUCGAGAAACUGA